CGUUCAACGGGGAACAGUCGUUGCAGGAUACUAAAUAUUUCUUAAUUUCUUCCGUCAUACCACUUGGUGGGUUUCGGAUUCCUAUUGAAUCAUAUUGCAGUGUGGGAGGAGCUGAAGUGGAGGAAGUCGCUCUACAGCAGUUUGGGUAAUGUUCCUUCAGAUUCAGUUGUGAAAACGAAUCUGACCGCGACCCGCGCUGUGUUUUCAGAGAGAGAGCGUCGGACGUUUCCGAGCGCAGAAAGAAGAAGUAGCGGGUUGACUGAGGAGGGAGGUUUUGCGGAGCAGCGUUUUAAACUGCCUAUACAGACUAAACUCUGAGUUCACCGGUGUGAAAGCGAGCAGUAUGCAUUCGGACUGCAGGCUGCUAUGGGCAGAGCGGUAAUGGUGGGCAGGGGACCGACAGAGGCCGGGCUUUUCUUCCUGUCGACUCUCAUUAUCCUCCUCACCGCCAGAAGCAGUCGAGCGCAGAAAGGUGAUGGUUGUGGCCCCAGUGUGUUGGGCCCUAGCAGUGGGACCUUGUCCUCUCUGGGUUACCCCGGGACUUACCCCAACCACACGGUGUGUGAGUGGGAGAUCAGUGUGCCGCAGGGCCGGAGGCUACACUUCCGCUUCGCUGACCUGGACAUAGAGGACAACAACUGUCAGGUCAACUACCUCAGAAUCUACGACGGUGUAGGACCCCAGAGGACCCAGAUAGUGAAGUUCUGUGGUCUGGGUCUGAAGGUUCCUGAGCUCAUCCAGUCCGAUGGGAACCGGGUCACCAUCCAGUUCAUGAGUGGAACUCACCGCAGUGGGCGGGGCUUCUCCCUGUCCUACUCCACCAUAGAACACACAGAUCUGAUCACCUGUCUCGACAAAGGAAUCCACUUCACUGAGGCAGAGUUCACAAGAUACUGUCCUGCAGGAUGUAUGACCUCUGUUGGGGAGAUUGCUGGGACUGUUCCCCAUGGCUACAGAGACUCAUCUCCAGUGUGUCUAGCAGCCAUCCAUGCAGGUGUAGUGUCUAACUCUGUGGGCGGUCAGAUCAGUGUGGUCAGCAGUAAGGGCAUCCCUCACUAUGAUGGCUCGCUGGCUAACAACGUCUCCUCCACUGUUGGUCCCUUGUCCAACAGCCUCUUCACUUUCAAGACCAGUGGUUGCUAUGGGACACUGGGUCUAGAGUCGGGCGUUGUUAGGGACUCCCAGCUUUCUGCUUCCUCUGUGUGGGAAUGGAGUGACGUGAUUGGCCAGCCCAGCGAGUGGGCCCCAUCUGGGGCCCGCCUUAAAAGGGUGGGGCUUCCCUGGGCGUCGGCUCACAGCGACCAGCAGCAGUGGCUACAGGUGGACCUGAAGAAGGAGAAGAGGAUUACAGGCAUCACCACUACAGGUUCCACCCUCCUGGAGUAUCAGUUCUACGUGUCAGCCUAUCGGAUCCUCUAUAGCAAUGAUGGACAGUACUGGAGCACCUAUCGGGAGGCAGAUGCUACCCAGGACAAGAGUUUUCAAGGAAACACCAACUAUCUCCAGGAAGUGCGCAAUAACUUCAUCCCACCAAUCGAGGCGCGAUAUGUGAGGAUGAGCCCCACCCAGUGGCACCAGCGAAUUGCCCUUAAGUUUGAGCUGCUCGGAUGCCAGUUCCAUCAAGCUAGGCCACGGAUAAACCACCCCCCUCGUCCUCCCCCAGUGACCACAGACACCCCCUCACUGUACGGCUUGACCACCCACACCCCUGAAAUCAGAAACACCACCAUGCCCCCACGCACCAGUAACGAUGUGGCAUUGGCAGCAGUGUUGGUGCCAGUGUUGGUCAUGGUUCUGACCGCCCUCGUCUUGACCAUGGUCUGUGCCUGGCACUGGAGAAACAGGAAGAAGAGUUCAGAGGGGGCUUAUGAUUUACCUCAUUGGGACCGUACAGACUGGUGGAAGAGUAUGAAGCAGUUCCUGCCGUCCAAGAUGGCGGAGGGGGAGCAGUCAGUCCGCUACUGCAGCAGUGAAGUGGGCCGGCUCAGAGGAAGAGGGAUCGCCCCCAGACUACAGGCCAAACCUGCAGAAUAUGCCCAGCCCCUGGUGAGCGGUGUGGUGACAUCACUAGGUCAGAGAUCAACCUUCAAGCCAGAGGAAGGUUCUGACCACUGCUACACUGACCCUGACCUGUACGGUGCUCCUAUGGCAACAGACAUCUACCACGCCUAUGCUGAACCCCUGCCCGCCUCCGGUGCUGAGUACGCCACACCCAUCGUGAUUGACAUAGCAAGCCACCUAUCAGGGAGCUCCUUGCUGAGCCAGCCACCCACAGUCUCCAGCUUCAUGGGCCGUGGCCCUGCCUCCCUACUCACGCGGACAGACAGUGGGCAAUCGGGUAGGUCAAUGUACGACACGCCCAAGAGUACAGGACAGGCCACGCCCACUGAGGAUCUAGCCUAUCAGGUGCCUCAGAGCAGCUCUCAGAAGCCAGCGGGGCAGAGCUGAAGGGGUGGAGUGAGGACUGUGAUUGACGGGGCCGUAACCAUAAACCACAUCCCCUAUGGACAGAGAGAGGGGGAUGUAAAACCUGGGUCUGAGUCUGUAAAAAACACACUGCCUUCAAGUUAGUUCACUUGGUAUGUGAGUGUGUCUACACAGGAGUCUGUAUGUACAGUAUGUGUGUGUUUACAUAUACAUGCGUGGCCGGAGAGUGCUAGCAUAGUGCCAUAUCAGUCUUAUCACUGAAACCACAAAGAUGAAUGUCUACAUGAAAGAGGAGAGAUGGAGAGCUCACUACUGUUUCAGCCAGGCUUAAUCCACUCUGUCAGUGUGUCUUCAUUUUAUGUUUAGUCAAACUGUGAGUUUAUAUUCCUUUCAUGUGUUAGGUUCUCUGAAAUGGUUGCCUUCGAUAGAAAGGCCAUGUUUCUACCACUAAUGUGUUCUAAUAGGUGACCUUUGUCCUUUAUGAAAACACUAUGUCAUUUUUACUACGGUACGCUUUGAUUGGAGGCUUUUAGAUCUGUUAGUUCUCAAUCAGAUCUCUUAACUUUUGAAUUUAACCAAUCACCUUUGUACAUAAAUCUAGAGUGAAAUCCACACCAAAAACCUGUGCUCAAGUUACUCAAAAUGAUUUUAUUUUAUUUAUUUUUCUUUCAUAAUUCCUGCUGAAAAGGACAUACUCUCACUUGAAUGUUCCCAACCAUUAUGGACAGCGGUGACGAAUCCGCUUCCACGAGGAAGGCAUCAAAUAAUGAUGGUUGCACUGUUUUCAUGGUUACACUGUUGUCAUGGACACCUUGCCUCACGUGACACUGGUUGGUGACAGGUCAAAAAAAGACCCCAUACACAAAGUUUAGGUGCCAUUUGUGUUCGCCUGAUUGGAUUCACACACUGCCAGAUUAGGGCCAGUGACUUGAGGCAGAAUCCGCUGUCAUGGUGAGCCAAGAGAGGAGCUGCCCAACUGAAGGGCUGAGUUCUCCACAGUAUGUCAGUGAGACUAAAUGUUUCCUUGUGUUUUACUAUUAUGCAUCAUAUAGCCAUGCAUGCAAAUAUGGCCACUGUCUGUAAGUUCACACAGAAUCCAGAGGUUGUAGGAUGUCUGUGUGUGCUAGUUAGAAGAAGCUCCAGCCAAACCCUGUCCCGGGGCCCACCCUGGGUGCAAGUUUUUAUUUUUUUUCCCUUGCACCACACAGCGGGUUGAAAUAAGUUUGGGGAAACCCUGGUGUAGGUCACCUCGUCAGCCUUAAAGAGCUGUGUGUAGGUCAUGGAUCCUGUCAAAGAUGGUCCGGAGAGGAAACAACACUAGUGACUGGUCAGCAUACUGAAUAUGUAUCAAUAUGUACAGAAACACUUCAAAUUCCAAUAUACAGUAUGUGUGUGAAUGUGCAUCUGUGUCUGAAUUACUCUCCUGUGUGUAUUUCUUGGACAUUGUUUGUCUCUACUGUGAUUGCUGUGUUUCGUGUGUGUGUGUGUACGUGAUGACUUUCCUUAUUGUCUUUGUGCGAGUAGCUGUGUCUGUUGAACCUUUGUAUCGGUGUAUCUUUGUAUGGCAGUCCUAAAGAGAGCAUCUGUGUGAAGCUAGCUAUGUCUGUAUGUCUGUCCCGAUGAGUGUACUGUAUCUGUGUUUAAUUAGUCAUAUCUAUAGUAAUGGAUGUGAGGAGAUCAUUUGUCAGCUCACUCCCUGUUCUGAACACCAAAUCUGAUCCUGGACCAGUUUAACUUGUGUGUUGUUAAAGGUUAGGACAUCAGUAAGGAAGGCUGGCCCUAGGUCAGUGUGCGUGUUUCUGUGAGUUCACAGAUUGUACAAAGAGAAAUAAAGACAUUUGAAAAUAAGUAAUAAAAAA